AUGAAGAUACCUACAGGCAAAUCAGAUCAUUUCAUACAAAAUCAUGAUUAUAAGCCGUCGCUUUUAUCAAUAAUAAGUAAUGUGUAUCAACAGAAUAUACAAUUAUGUAGUCAACUGAAAGGACACGGCGUACAUUCAACUAAUCGAAUGAAAACUGGCGGCUUCCAAUAUACAGGAGUAGAUGACACUACUCGAUGUGAUAGAUGUGGUCUCGAAGUGUCUGGAUGGACUCAAGAGAUGAAUCCAUUUUAUGUUCAUCUCGAACGUAGUCCGAAUUGUGAAUUUAUUCGUUCUAUCCAAUCAAAGGAUAAGUUGAUAUUCAAUCAUGAAGAAAAUCCAGCUAAACGACAGAAGACAGAAUGCAAUAUCAAUCAAUGGAAUCAACAAAGCAAAUUAAUUGAACUAGAUAUUCUUAGACAAGUACGUCGACGAACAUUUUCACAUUGGCCACAUGACAAAAUACCAACGAAAGAGCAAAUGAUCAUUGCUGGAUUUUUUCAGUGUAACGUUGGAGAUCGUGUUAUUUGUUUAUAUUGUAAUCUUAUUUGUCAGCAAUGGCAAGAAAACAUUGAUGAUCCAAUUGAAAUUCACACAACACUGUCACCGAUGUGUCCUUAUGUGUUAUCAUCUUUGUUAACACAAACAGAACCUUCGUCAGUUUUGAUUGUAAAUGAAAUUUCAACUGAUAAGAAUGGUAAUCCACUGGUUGUAUUAAAUAAUAUCAAUCGAGUUCAAUUUGAACAAAUUGUUUAUACAUCAGCGUACCAUAUUAGUUAUACUAGUAUUCCAAGUCGGCAAGCAACUUUUGGAACAUGGACCGCCAACGAAUCAUCACCUUCUAUUGAUGAUCUUGUUAAAGCAGGUUUCUUUUAUACUGGUGUAAAAAAUAUAGUCACCUGUUUCUAUUGUAAUGGAUCUUUACAGAAUUGGGGCAACAAAGAUAAUCCGUUAAUUGAACACAUCACAUGGUUUCCGAAUUGUGCAUAUGCGAAACAAUUAAGUGGUACUGAGCUUUACAAUAAAGUUCAAAAAACUGAACGCAUUCAACAAGAUCAGGAUAAAUCUAAAACUUCAAUUAAUCGAAUGAAUAAUACAUCAGUUUCCAAUCAUCAACGAUUGCAAAUAACCGAUGAACGACUACUAUCGCGUCUAGUCGCUGCUCGACUCGAUCUGCCAGUUUCACAAAGAUUACUUGAUCAAAAUUUUAAGUUAUCAGUCAUAAAACGUUGUUGGGAAAAUCAACUUCAAAUAAAACAGGAUGAUUUUGUCAGCAAUUGUGAUUUAUUCAUUGCCUGUGUCAUUCUUCAAAAGCAAAUCGAACAUAUUGGUGGAAACAAAGAUAAUAUUGUCAUACCAAGUAUUAGAAUGAAAUUGAUUCGUGACCGAGAACAAUCUGAUACUUUGAUUCAAAAACAACUUGUCUCAUCAUCACUUUCUAUAACGUCAACAAAUGAUAUAUCAACGCAUGCAUCAUCUAUAGUAGAACCAAUGAUUGUGGAAACCGCAAAUCAACUUCCAAAAACAGAAGAAUCUAUUUCAGAAACUAAGUUAUCCGUAAAUAAUCCUUGUGUUUUGUGUUGGAAGGAGGAGAAACAUCUGGCUUGCAUUCCAUGUGGUCAUCUAGCAGCUUGUGUUGGUUGUGCGCAAAUGCUUCAUACAUGUCCUAUAUGUCGUAGGAAAAUUGAAGCAUUUGUGCGCGUUUAUAUUUAA